GUGGGCGAGGUCUUCCUUUUAUGGCCAAAAAUCAGCAGUCAGAUUAAUUUAAGUUAAUUGGUGUUUCCUUUUUGAGAUGAAAUACGUCAGCAUUCUUUAUUAGAAUGAAUAAUAAACGCAAUACGUAAGACACGUUAAUCAUUUCCUCCAGUUUUUCAUUGAUGGCUGGUAAUCUUCUGCAGCCCAAGUUAGAGUGAGCUCCAUGUACAACACAAAGCCUGUGGAUUGUGUGUGAUGCACUGAAGUGCUGUUCGCCUUCACUGAUCCUUAAACAAGUCUGAAAGCUCACUAAUACACAGAGUCCAUCAUGAAAAUAUGAAGAGAAUCUCCCAUCCAUCAGCACACUGAAGAGGGGCUUAUUCCAUGAAUGAGCAGGAUGGUCUCACACAGACACUCCCUUCCCCCCACUCAUGUGCAGAAAAAUGUGAAUGAGGUAGUGGGAGCUGGAGAUGAAACGGCAUCCCCCCCUUCAUACACUCUUCCUCCAUGUAUCCCUCUCCUCAGACUGGAGCCCGGCGCUCGUGUGAUUCCACGAUUAGCCCGCCCACGCAACCUGCACAUGCUCACAACACACGCGCACACACACACACACACACACACUUCCUUCCAUCAUAUACAUGUACAUCUCCCGCCUUGCCCCCCAUCACAUACAUUGCCUGCUUGGAUACAUAUACCAUUACACACGCCACUCGCUCACGUGGCGGAGGCUGGAGCUUCGUGGGAGGCAAACCCCCCCAUAGCUGCAGAUCAGUCAAUGAGCAGCUUCAGUCAGUGGGGAAGAAUUAUCCAUGCUGGCACUCUGGAGCAAAGACAGGCACAUUUGAUCCCAGAGUGGACAAGCUGAUCGAGCAGUUUCAUUCAAAAUAGAUCUCUAAUGACUCUUGACAGUGUCUCUGAUGAAGAGUGAGAUGUCUGCGGACCAUUGAAACAUGAAUGUUUGAAUAGUUCUGUGAGGAAAUGUUCAUUUAAGCCCAUUCAGAGUGUUUUUCAUAGCUGUUAACGGUCACCAACCCUGAUUUGGUGCUUAAUUUAAAGGCGAAGCAACUGACUUUCUGUUAUUAUCUUAUCAUAUUUUACAUCAGUUUUAAAACAUGGUCAAUACACAGAUAAAAUUUGGGUUACCAAAUUUAAAAAGAUUAACAACACUACCUGACAUUUCAAACAUCCUCAUCAUGCUAUGGCAGCCUGCUUUGAGGGCAUUUCUGUGCCCAAAAUACUUUGUUAUCUUCUGCCCACAAUCAUUCAAUCGUGAAAAUGGCCGAUGUACUCACAUCCUUGUGGUACGCAGUGUACAGUUUUUUAUUUUUGGCAACAUGAAUGAAAUCAUGAAAUCCCUUCUUCCAUCCAUUCAAAGCUUUUCCUUCAUAUCUUCUUCAAACUUGGUGCACAUGGUGUGUCUCACUACCUCCGCCUCCAGCACACUUGUCCCUGCCCACUUUGUACGUCCCCCCACCAAUGAGGGUCCUCUGCCUCUCCCAGCCUCUGCUGCAGCAGGUGCCUGAUAGGCUGCUAUUCUUAGGCAUUUUUGGAAGGAGGCGGGGAUUAGAGUACCUCGUUCUCCCUCUGUUUACACACAUAUGGGAGCAGGCAGUAACUGAGUGAAUGAGGGAGAGUCAGGGGGAGCGAGGGAGUGUGGCUUCUCUGACUUGCAUCCUCGCAUCCCACAGCAUUCCCACAGCUAUGCUUCCACGCUCUUGUUCUUCCAUGGAUCUCUGUGAUAUUUUUUGUUAUAUCCGCCUGUUCAGCUCGUAGUGAUCAAAGCCUCCACAGCACUAACCAGCGGACUGUCUGCUCGCUUUGGAUUUUGCUCAGGCAAGCAGUACAGGAGCACAAAGUGUCCCUGCUGUCUGUCGAACAGGCAGUGCCGGAGGACGACCAGAAAGCUCUGCUCUCUCACUCAGUUUUAUUUUUGCUCCCAUGCUUGACUUUGCGCUGAAAUGCCAGAAGUGAGCUAUUCCAUCUCUGUGUUGUGGAUGUUCAUUCAGUUCAAGAGGAUGCUGAACCGAGAGCUCACUCAGCUGUCAGAAACGAGCCGUUCAGGGAACCAGGUGUCUGAGUUCAUCGCUAACACCUUCCUCGAGAAGCAACAUGACAUGGACAUCAUGUCCCCACCCAACAAGGAGAAGGACAAGAAGAAGCGGCCCAUGUCCCAGAUCAGCGGUGUGAAGAAGCCCACGCACAGCCCCAGCCUCGCCCCCUCCACCAUCCCUCGCUUUGGGGUCAACGCCAGCCAGGAAGGACUCUUAGGAAAGGAGUUGGAGGACAUAAACAGAUGGGGUAUUGACAUUUUCAAGGUCUCCGAGUAUUCUGGGAAUCGCCCACUGACAGUCACCAUGUACACCAUCUUCCAGGAACGUGAGCUGAUGAAGUCCUUUAAGAUUCCAGCGGACACUUUCAUUACCUUCAUGAUGACUUUGGAGGAUCAUUACCAUGCCGACGUGGCCUACCACAACAACAUUCAUGCUGCAGACGUCGUCCAGUCCACACAUGUCUUACUGUCCACACCUGCUCUAGAGGCUGUGUUUACUGACCUGGAGAUCCUCGCCGCUCUCUUUGCAAGCGCCAUCCAUGAUGUGGAUCACCCUGGAGUUUCCAAUCAGUUUCUCAUCAACACCAACUCAGAGUUGGCCCUGAUGUACAAUGACUCUUCGGUGCUGGAGAAUCACCACCUUGCUGUUGGCUUUAAGCUUCUGCAGGAGGAUAACUGUGACAUCUUUCAGAACCUCAGCAAAAAGCAGAGGCAGUCGCUGCGCAAAAUGGUCAUUGAUAUGGUGCUGGCUACAGAUAUGUCUAAACACAUGAACCUACUGGCAGACUUGAAAACCAUGGUGGAGACAAAGAAAGUCACCAGUCUAGGAGUCCUGCUGCUGGACAACUACUCAGACCGCAUUCAGGUUCUUCAGAACAUGGUACACUGCGCAGAUCUGAGCAACCCCACCAAGCCUCUGGAGCUGUACCGGCAGUGGACAGACCGCAUUAUGGUGGAGUUUUUCACCCAGGGGGACAGGGAGAGAGACAAGGGCAUGGAGAUCAGCCCUAUGUGUGACAAACAUAACGCCUCAAUAGAGAAGAACCAGGUGGGUUUCAUUGACUACAUUGUUCAUCCUCUGUGGGAGACGUGGGCCGACCUUGUCCACCCAGAUGCUCAGGAGAUCCUGGACACACUGGAGGAUAACAGAGAGUGGUACCAGAGCAUGAUCCCCCACAGCCCCUCACCACACCCAGAGGGUCAGGAGGAGGGACCCCAUGCCGGGGAAUCCACAGCACUCGGCGGGGGCAGCGGCUCCAUCUCAGCCGACAAGUUCCAGUUUGAGCUGACUUUGGAGGAAGAAGGAGAGUCGGAUACGGAGAGUCCACCUGAGGAAGAGGAGGGCUACGGUGGCAGUAGGGGAUCUGAAUUCUCCAGAACUGAUUCUGCUGCUACGACUCACAUGCUCACCAAAAGGCUCACUACUGAAUCGGGCAGGACGUUUUCUUUAGACCCUGAUAAAGAUAUGGCAGAAGACAGAGAGACAGAGCAGGAAGACGUCUCUGGGGUGCCACGCUUCAGACUUGGAAUAUAGCACCAGUCAAAAGUUUAGUUUCUUUUGGCCUUUUUUUGUUUAUUAUUCUUGAUUUCGGUGCCUCAUCCUCUGUCACUCCCUUUCUCCCACUCCAACCAAACACCACCUCUGGUUUCUGCGGACAGGGUGACAGCAUGCCUCUGGGUUGGGGACUGUGGGAGUGCGAGUGGGUGUGGGGGGGGGGGUGUUAAGAAAGUCUGCAGUUUUACACAGCAGUCACUUGCACUGGAGAGAGACAGAUAGACUGAGUCACUUCUAAUAGAGGACAGGAAACCAAGUUUCUGACCAGUCCUUUGUGUUCUGUGUCUUUCUGUCAGAAAUACUGUGGAUGAAGUUCUGCAGAGACAAUGAGAAGUUUAAAAACAAACUUCCCCUUUACCAGCCAACCCAAGGUCUACUACAACAAAUGACAGAACUGUCUUCCUCUUUUGUGAAGAAAGCGAGGAAGUGAUGAAUGAGCGUGAAAGCAGGACAACGUCUUGUGAGACAUCUUGCCAAACUUGUGAUUUACAGGGACAAUGCUGUUUUGCCUGCCUUUUUAGUUUUGUUUGUUUAUUUUGUUGUCUUUUAUUUAGGUCCAUAUGCAGUGAAAAUGAAGACACAGUUAAAAGCAGACUUCAGAGCAGUGUAAGCUAAUUAAAGGCAGAAAGGAGCUAUGCAUGAUUUUAUGCAGGAAAGUUUAAAUGUAGCAGACUUUUUGAGUGACUCUAUCGUUGUUAUUGUAGCACUCCUUGCAGCUGGUGUUGCACAGCCCAUUUAAUUGUGCUCAGCAAGCAGUAAUCUUGUAAGGAAUAUGAUUAUAAUGAAGUGGCUGGCAGUACAUAUUAUUUUCAGAUGCUCUGUUGUUGCAGGCUUUCCAUUUUUAUAAUCCUAAACUAUGAUAUUGUCAGCGACAAAACUGAGCCAAGGUCAGUGUAGUGUUAUACAGUCGAGGAGUUGCAUCCAAAGCAAUGUGGGCUGUGCACAUGGUGCCUCCCAGUGGUGACAAGAGGAACUGAAGCUCUGGCAUCGGAGGCAGAUAAUUUGCAAGGUUUUUGCAUAGGCCUUUAUGGAAAAUACAUUCAAAUUAACUCUAGGAGUGCCCGAAAUAUCAGUUAUGUUUCAGUUUUGUUGCUCUUUUGAUUUUUUUUUUUCUAAAUUUAAAGUCACUAUUUUUUGCGUUCUUUAUAUUUGGCACCAAUUGUUAUCAGUUUGCCUUCAAGUUUAGCACUUUACAGGUUGGUUCAUGGCUGGCCCUCAUCAUGGUUUUUAAGGGCUCGAGCCACAACAUGAACACAAUGACUGCAGAACAGUUUGUCAGUGGCUGUCAAGCAACCAGCACAGGCAUCAUGCAAAACUAAACACUACAGUACAGCUAUGAAUGCAUUAAACUAUCCAUUCAAAUCCAUUAAUACAUACGUACUCUUUGGUAGCAUCCGUUUGCAUAAAUAACUAGACUGAUAAGGGCAGUGUGUUAGAGGCAUAGGGUUGUGAAGAAGGAUGUUAGCAUCAUUGUAACUGUAAAAAAAAAAAACAAUCCAGGAGACAGUUUCCUGUGCCAGAAUUUUUUUCAUCCUUUUUUCUCUCACUGAUCAAUACUUCGCUCUUCACAGGGACAUAGUCAAUGACAAAACAAGUGCCAAGCAAGCAUGACACAACCCGUACUGUAAUUUCCAUUUUGCCACUGGCUACUUUCCAUCAGUGACUGAUAAAGUUGGUUGAUUGUAGCACCCCGUGUGCCAAUCUGACCCUAGUGUCUCUGCUCCUUUUUUAUCUAACUCCUGUUCAAACAGUAACUGAAACUGAUAUUGUCUUAAACAAAAAAGGUGAUGUGUUGUGCGUUGUUGUGCGUGAGUGAAUGAGUGGGUUUUGAUGUAUUUGCUAAGAAGAAACCAAAGCACUUUGUACGGUACUUUUACAGUUCUGCACUUCCAGUACAGUUGAAUAUGUAUAACGUGACUGUUUCACUGUUUUUCUGUUGGCAAACGGCCUGGUGGUUGAGUUGAAUUGCACGGGCUGCACCACUACAGCUCUUAAAGGUCGGAUGUUGGAGGGACUGAAGUUGUUAUUUUUUUGUUCUUUUUAUAAUUGACUGUACAAACAAGAUGUGUUUUGUUGAAAUGCAUGACAUUGGCUGCAGGAUUUGAAGAAGAUUAUAUAGAGAACUUAAGAAAUUUAGCCUGUGGAGAAACUUGUUUUGUUUUAUUACCAUGAAACAUGUUUUAAUGUGUGAACGAAUUUUUUUUUUUUUUUUUUGACGCCUUAUUUUCAAACUGUAUUUUCUGGUCAUAGAUGUGUCCGCUGACAUGCUGGAGUAAAACAUGUGCAAUCCUUUCCGUAGCCAUAAACCGCACCAACCAGACCAACACUCAAGGAUGCCUUCGACACUAAGGACUAUUUAACAGCAGCCUAACCAGCACAACAUGCGAAGAUUCGGUCUGUCUCUCUGCGUGUCACUAAUUAUUUGAUUUUGUACAUUUUCCUCACAAUGCUUCAUGUACAGUUUAUUUAUUAUUUCUAUAUUAUCUGUCAGAAACGAUGGAACAGUAGACUUUUUUUAGUCUGAGGUCUAGUACUUAUGUGUAGCUCGACGUGUGACAAAGUUGCACAGGACAGAUUUCAGCUAUUACUCAGCUUUGUUUCCCUUCUCGUUUCAUUUCUUUAUGUCUGCAAAUAACAUUAUACAUAAGCAAAAAUACUCACUUUCAUGUUUUCUCUGUAUAAAAAUAGUUUAGCGACAGAUUUCCGUCAGAAACAUCUCUCAUCUCCCAUCUUCCUCUGUUUCCACUGAUCUGGUUAGAUCAUGUAUUCAUGAAGGAUCUCACAGUAUGCGUGCUGAUCUGAGACUUCUUUGAUUCAUAGUGAAGAUAAUAUAGUCACACUGCCUCAAGUCAUCCUAGACCAGUAUUUCUGUUUUUAGAGAUUUCAUGAAUAUGGGUCAUGAACUAAGACUCUGCAGCUUUGACAAUCCAAACUCUGCUGUUUAACUGCGGGUGUGUUAGCCCUCUCUCCAGCUAGAACUGUAUGCCUUGCCAAUAAAGGAAAAACUCUUCACUCUUUGA